AUCUGUCAAGAAGGCGAAGCCAAUAGUUCUGCUGAAAUAUGAUGGAGUAAAUAAAAUACGAACUCGUAAUAAUUAAUCUCGUUUUCUACAAUAUCGAAAAUUCAAAAGUACCAGCAGCCUGAUAGGCUCUUCAAGCACGUUCGCCAUGUGUUCGAGGUGUACGGCUAUGAAGUGACGUACAACACCAGCGUGGAAUGGGACAUUUUAUGGACGCUCAAUUCUCCCUUUGAAACAGACGGGGCUCUGAUGAAUUUGAAGCCUCACCAAAGAGUGAAUAAGGUGCCUGGUAAUGACUAUGUUGUCUUGAAAGACAAGUUUGUCAGUUCCGGAGGGAAGAAUAUUCCGCCCGCAUUCCGACUGCCAAAGGACAGCGAUAAAUUCCUAAAAUACGCAGAGGAAAAUCCGUCUUCUCAGUUCCUUGAGAAAAGCCACGUCGAAAGAAACUCAAAACACAUUUACUUGAAGCCGGUGAAAGAUAUCAAUUUAAAUGCGUAUGAUAAAUUCGUGCAACUAUUCGUCUCAAAUCCAUUACUCAUUGAUGGCAAGAAAUUCGAAUUUGGAGUUUACGUCGUCGUAACUUCAAUUCAUCCGCUGCGUCUUUACCGAAUGCAAGAAGAUGUGCUAGUGCGGUUUACUACUCAGCCGUAUUACCCAUUCGACAUGUCAAAGAGGUCAAAGUACAUUACACAGAAUAUUCAUCCAUGCUCUUCCUCGGAAAGUAUGAACAAAUAUAUAAAACACUCAAACUCGAUCCAAGAGUCAUUUGAAGCGAUACUUCAGACGCUAGGUGGAAAUCCUGAGCAACUUUGGAGACAAGUUGACGAAUCAAUCGUAUCUGUUUAUCUUGCUCAGGAAAAAUCAAUCAUUUCUAAAUUAUACAAAUUUGAAAACACGCGCAAUUUCUUUGAGCUUUUACGGUUUGACUUUUUGAUUGACGAAGAUUUUAAGGUUCACGCUAUUGAGGCUGAUCCGUCUCCAAGUCUAUUUGGAAGAUUUAAACAAGACGAAAUAAAAUUUGAGCAAAUAUUGAACAGCUUGUUCUCAUUGGUUGGACUUUCAUCCUACCUACAUCCUCCGCUUAAAACCUCGAAAAAAGCAAGACGUAUGAUGGCGCACGAGAGAAAUAUCAUGGUGUUUCCUGAAGUUUGUUUAAAUUGUACUGACUGCAGCACGUUUGAGUGCAAACUUUGUGAAACGUGCCUAAGUGGGGAAAUGUCUCUUGAUCUGCAAAUGGCAUACAGGGAGUACCUCUCUAGGUUCAGGGCCAGAAGGGUCUUUCCUCCAAUAAUGACGCAGGAGGAGGCUAAACGAGGAAUCCCUGCGGAGCUUAAUUGCUUGCUGUCAGAAAAAAACAAAUUGAUAUAUCAGUGGUUCCGAGGGAAAUGUUUGCUGGAUGAAUCUUGGUGUUAAUUAUUGCGUUUUUGCAAAAUAGCAUAAUUAAAUGGGUGAUAGAAUAUUGAAUGAAGUUAUUUUA